AUGCCUGGAAUCCAAAUCCUGAAAGGACGUAAACCUGUGCGAGCUCUCGCGUUCAAUCCUAAAGGAAAGUUAGCGUGUGGAACGGUGGAAGGAAAUUUGAAAAUAUUUAAUGAUUUUCACGUUGCUGAAUCGGAGUCCUCUGUUCAAGUAUCAGCUUCCAAUAAUCCGAGACAGCAACCUUCCUCAACACCAUCAUCCUCAUCAUCACGAGAAAUUGACAUCAAAGGAUCAAAUCGUGGUGAUGUUACAAAAAUUAAAUUCAAUCCCUGUUGUAGUCAUCAAUUAGCUUGUAUCACUUCAAAAGGUUAUAUUCGAAUCUUUGACACAAAAAUUACAAGUUAUAAUGGAGGAGAGUCUAUUGUACAUCUCAUGGUUGGUGACACUCCUUUAAAACAUCUUGAUUGGUGUUGUAAUGGAUUGAAAAUGGUCGUUGUUGACAAUAAGAAUUCAAUUUACAUUUAUACCAUCAAACAAACUCAUGCAACAAAUAUUGGAGAAAUUACAACAUCAUCUAGUUUAGUGAUUAAAGAUCGAGGAGUAUUCCCUUAUGACAUUACAGAUAUUAAAUGGGAUAAAAAAGGAAAUACAUUGUAUAUUGCAACAGGAAUUGGAAAAAUAUUUUGUGUGAAUGAUGAAAAGGAAAAAAUUUCUGCAUUUGUGACUUCAAAAAUUAAUUCACCCUCCGUUUCAACACAACCCUCAUCUGCACCACUGCUGUCUCAGAAAUCAUUGGAUGGAAAAAGUAAUGCAAUGGAUACUUCAUCAGAUUUUGAAAUUCAGUCAACAACCACAUCAUCCUUGAAUAAUUUCCUGACAACAGACUCAUCUCAAUUUUUAGUGAGUAAGGGAGCUUUGACAAGCAUGGAUAUUUCGAGUGAUGAGAGGUAUCUGGUGGUUGGGUCUGAGGACUCAGUUGUUUCCAUUUUUGAAUUUCCUGAAUUAAUAUGUGCACACACUUUCUCAGAUAUGAAUUCAUUGGUGGUGUGCGUUUCAGUGAGAGCUCAAGUUGGCACUAAUCCCAACACUUUUGCAAGAUCUUCAUCAUCAUCGCAUGGCUAUAAUCUGUUUUUGCCUCCAGUGAUGGCUUGCUGCACAAGAAAUGAAGAAAAACGAAGCUACAUGCUCUAUGUGAUUAACUUGAUCGAUGGCACCCCUCUCAUGAAGAAAGAAGUUAGCCAAGUGACACAAAUACAACUGCACCCUUCCAUGAAUUAUAUUGCUUACAUACAAGAUGGCAGCACUGAAGUCAUGGUUGAAGAAUUCGCAUGCUAA